UUAGCAGUUAACCUAUAUUUGAUUUAUUCAAUUUUUCUCUUUAGUUUUAUUAUUUAGUGUUUAUUUCUAGUUGUUGUAUCAAAAAUUGGUGGGAUUCUUUUGUGGAUGAACAAAAAUGACUCAAUUCUAGUUCCUUUAAUUUUUUAAUAAUUUAAUUACAGCUGAAAUACUGCUGAUUAAGAUUUGGGCUUAUGGUUACUUUUCUUUUGUCCAUCUUUGCUUGUUGCUGGCAAUAGAAUUCUUAUUAUAUCUUCAAUUUUGGGCUACAGUGGCAGCUUAUAGCAUGUUUAAUUGAAUUGUUUUUGACCAAAGCUUGAAUCUUGAGUCUUUUCAGAAAUCAUUUUGCACUAAAAUUUGACCAAGUUGCAUUGUAUCAUUCAAGCAGAUGUAGAAUGGAGAAUUAUUCUAUCAUAUUGUUCAUGUUACUUUCUAAAGUUCUGGUGUGUUAAAGCAGCACUAAAAAUGGAAAAAUAUAAAGAGGAAAUGGGAAGUAUGCUGAUAGAGAAGAGAGGAAAAAGAUGAAGAACUAGUAAAAUAUGUCCGGUUUUAUGCUGGGCAAACCUAAUGAUUUAGCAAGAUGAGAGCAUCACGUCUUAAAGAUAUGAUCUAAAGUAUGUCCUCGAUUUGCUGCUGAAAUUAAACUUAAAAUUUCUGAGCUUAAAUAUGCACUAUUUGGAUGUAAUAUGUUUCAUCCUCUAGUGUUUGAUGACUGCUCUGCCAUUUGUCAGUACGACCAGCGUGUGGCUGUGGAUCGUGGACUUUGACUACUGUUAAUCUGACUUCUAACGAAACCUUGAUACUCAUUUGUAGUUAAUCAAUUCCAAACUAACUAGUCUACUUGCAAGUUAACAUGUUUACUUGUUUGCUGCUGAAACUUUCUAAUUAGUUAGUCUACUCGUUUUACGUCCCUGAAGCUACAAGAUAAAACUGGGUCUAUCAGGCUAGACCAGGCUGAAUCUAAAGGGGCAUUGCAUCGUUUACUUGAUUUUUCUUUUUGGGUUUUCUAUUUACAAAUGAUGGUACCGUUAAAGUAAUUGCUUUUUGAGCAUAUUUUUUAAUCAUGUAGCUCGUAACUUUUAAUUUGUCAAAUUUCAAAUGUUCGUACUAACUUGAUUUCUUUUGGUCCUCUGUGUCAUCCUUAUGGUUCAAUUGCUGGUUUUCACUUCUCGGCUAAAGUGCUUGCGGGGCUUGCUUUCAUGUUCUCUUCCAGCAUCUUGCUACAGAUCCUGGCUUGUGCUAUAUACAACAAUUGGUGGCCAAUGUUAUCAGCUCUUAUGUAUGUUCUGGUUCCCAUGCCGUGCUUAUUCUUUGGUGGUGGGUCCACACAGUUCCUAAUAAGUCGAGAUGGCGGCGGCUGGAUGGACGCUGCUAAAUUCUUAACAGGCGCAUCAGCUGUGGGAAGCAUAGCCAUCCCCAUUAUUCUCAGGCAUGCUGAUCUGAUCCAGACAGGAGCGAUGUUCAUUGAAUUUGUGUCAUUCUUCAUAUUUGUUUGCACAGUUCUAUGUUUUCAUCGUGCCAGUCUUGAUGACGAAUGGUGAUAUAAAGAUUGAGGUGUUGCACUGUAAUUAUGUUGCCUGGUUCUGACAAGCAAGAAUGCAGAUAAAAGGUACCUGAAAAGGAACCAAUGCUAGAAGUGAAACUAGAAAUUUCCCAAUGUGUAUAGCUUUGUAUGCUCUUCUUCUCCAGAUUUUUGGUGUGAGAAUUAUUCUCUCAGAAUUUGAACCUUCUGCUGAUGGAACAAAGAUCAUCUUUUUUUUUUGGUUAUUUGCAUAGAUAGUUGCUAACGAGACAUCAAUGUAUAAUAGGAAAAAUGGUUACAUCCUCAAUCCUUAUUCAGAUUAUUUUGGUGCAUUUUCAAAAGACUAUUUUAGUUGAAUUAGAAUUAUUUAUUUGGUC